UAGUUUUUAAUGCUAAAGCAAUUGUCAAUAUAAUAAUAGCAUUUAAUUUUGAGGAGAAGCUCUGACCCUAUAGUUGUCAGGCUUUCAUUGGCUCACAUUCACACAUGGUGGAGUUUAUAACUCCUUUUUAAUGCCCAAAAGAAUCAGAUUCGUAACAGUGCUGGAAGCACAUUUUACCUUUCUUCAUUCCUGUUCUCAGUCAAAUGAUGUUCUUACACAUAGUCAGAAGGUGCAUAACUGGAUGUUUGGUCUACAAAAAUGUGUACUUCAUUUCUUAAAAGCUAAGAUAUGCAUAGACUAUAUAGGGAAAAAAAAUCACACCUGGGCUAUUGCCUAGCUGUUUUAUUUACUUGAAGCUGUAAUUAUCUUCCUUCAAUCCAGUGACAAAAGUGGGUAAACUUAGCAAAGAAAGACUAAAUUUUAAUUUGCUAGUUGUUCAAUUAAUGUUCUUAAGUCAGCAUCAUUUAAAUAUUUUGUCAUCUUGUAGACACUUGCUUUCAUCUUCACUUGCUAGAAAAAUACAGGAAUGUAUUUUCCAUACAGAAGUAUGGAAGAACAGCAAAGUAAAUUAUGGCCAGACUAAGAAGAAAAUUGUGAGAGCUUUCAACUUUCUCCCCCCUGUAAUUAUAUAAGGACAUUGAUACUUGAGUAUACAUUUUCAGGAAAUCUUAAUUUUUCUUAUUUGUGCAUUUCAAACUAACUAUAUUUUACUGAAUUAAAUGAAAAGGGGGAAAAAGAGUCUAUACAAUAAAACCAUCUCAGGAAGACAUCCAUUAUUUAGAACUGCACACUGAGGAAUCCAUGUAAAACAAGCUAAUUCAGAGUGUAAGACUACACUCAGUUGUGGUGUUUGAAAUCAAAAUACUGUGUGCAUAGUGCUUCUACUAGCAGUCAAGAACUGUAAAUCAGAGUAAGAUUAAUUUUAUCUGACUAGUAUGUGUGUGUAUGUAUUUUAAAAGCUGAUGUUUUAUGCUCCAUGCUUGGGGUCUGUACAAAGAGUUUUUAAAUUUUGUGUAUACGCUUUGCAGCAUUCAUCCAUUUAAGUCUUCACUCCUGAUGAUUUAACUAAAAGAGAUCCUUUUAACAUUGGAAUGUUUUCCCCUAUUCCUUUACAUCACUAUCUUACUUGUUUGAUAUAAAAUAUAGUAUUGGUGGUUUUGUUUUCUAGUUUUCCUGUGCUCUGAUCAUACUUCCAUUAUCCAGCAUUCCUUAAAAAAAUACUGCUGGCUUUACUCUGUGGAAGAAAUCACUCCCCUGGCUACCCCUGACUGUGAAAGAAACAGGUUUAACAUCUGAAUUUUUUUUUCAACUUACUUUUAGAGAAAAGCAUAUAACUUACUUAAAUGGAGUAACUAUAUAUGCCUGCUUUACUUUCUUCCAAGCAAAUUGUAUUUCUAAAUCCUUUGGCAGCAAACUUACUUAAGCUAAUGAAUUCAAAACUAUCCAUAGCUAAGAGAAUUCUUUUUUUAUAUAUAUAAACUUGCUGUUAUUUUUUACUGACCAAUAAGUUGUCAAAAAAUACACUACAUAAGUUGUUCAGUAAGCUGAAUUACAGAGUGUGCUACCUGUAAGGGAAGGUGAUUACCUUUGCUGGGUGUUUGUCAGUGUGCCUUUAACCCAUACUGCACUUUUCAUUGCAUUUCCUAUCCAACAAUAUUUCCGUAUGGUGUUCUGUUGCAUUAUUUUUGUGCCUACUGUUAUAGUAUCCUUCCACAUGGUAUGAAUGCCUAGUUAAACUAAGGGUUGUUUUCAAAGGAAGGGACUUUUUCUCUAAAAACACAUUGCUAUCUAGUACAAAAUUCCUAAGCAGCGUUUAUUCACUUAUUUGCAAAGUUACAAAGUUCAUGUAAAUGCUGAGAUAGUUUCAGAACUAAAAUGCCAAAAUAUUCUUGUGGUUUGUACAGCAUAAGGAGGCACAGGAGAGAGUUCACCAUGAGCCAUUUCAGAGCCCAAACCUGAUUCCAUUUAAAUGGAAUUUACCUCUUUCAGUAGGAUGCAGCACAACACAUGCCAAAAUAGUUUCUCGUUUAAAUUAUCUGUUUAAAUGAGUUUACAGAAUUGAAAUGCCCAGGCUUUUCUACACUAAUAUCCUUUAAGUCAAGUUUUGGGCAUCGUAUCAGGAAGCUUUUAGUAAUAACUAUAAAAAAAUUACAUCUUUUUUCUGCUUAAUAAUCUGUUAUAUGUUUUUGACCCUCUAAAACAUGUGAUGCUUACAAAUGUGUUACGAAAUGGCAGUACUGGAAACAAAAAUUACUUGAACUUGUGGUGUUUUCCGCUACAGUUUUUAAGAACUGUACUUCCCUGCUUUUAGUUCCUGUACCACUCCCCAAAUACUUAUUUUCAAUCCCUUCAUAAACUGAAGCAGGCUACAUGCCAAAGCCAAGAACGGAUCCUUUACUCUAUGCUUGCAUAUUUCAUUAUGUUGCAUAAAUAAUGCAAGUAAAUCUGAAAGACACAAAAGCCACAUAGCCACAGGUUGGCAGAACAAAGAAACAGAUACAAGAGAUUGGGCUUCAGUGCUUGAAGGUGUAAAAGCAGAGCUAGGUUUAAUACAUGGCAAAAGUCCGCACAAUUCCACUGGAAAAAUAAGUUACUACAAAAGAAGAGGAACUGAAUCAGCUUGCCAGUGUUGUUGCACUGAAAAGAAAGAUUCUGCUACCCUGUCUUCUGAUUUCUGUUGUUGGAAAGGAUUGAGGAUAACUGACUGUAGGGGAAAAGAAGUUAGAGAGAAAUUUGGUUUUCAUUGGACUUUGGUCAUUCUUGUUCUUACUUUGCUCACUCCUAGUAAGAUAUCUAAUUUUUUUUUUUUAAUAAGAGAGCAAGAUAACUGUCCAGAUGUGCUUUUAAAUUGGAAAGAAGACAAAACUCAGAUUUCUCAGAAAGAGUAGAGAUCUGGGCUUAUAUCUAAACAAAAUAUCAUAUAUCAAAACCCCACCGUUUUGGGUGGGGUUUAGUUAAGAUAGAUUAUUCAAAAAGACAGUAGAGGGUGACAAGAGGACAGGCUUGUGGCAGGUGAGUUUGUGCAUGCUCUUAUCCAUCUUUCAUUUGGUAAAAAACCAGCAGCGUAAGUAACAAACUUACUGCAAAACCAAGGUAUUUUUCUUCAUGCUUUCUGCCAUCUGCAGUGCUUUUUUCUGCAUUAUAUUUUUAUUAGCAUUCUAUGAAAUUAGCCAGGCCUUUCUCAACUAGACCAAAGGUACACCUUCCAUGAAGUUUCAGUCGAGUCGCACAUCUGUAUUUGUAUGAUGGACUGGUUUUGUUCAGAUUGAGACCUAGAAUUUAAUACCAUUACUAUGCAGUUUUAUCACUGACAUAACUGAAAGCAUUUUUCUUUUGGUAUUUAUAAAUUGGCAUUGAGUUACAAUUUAGACCAUGAAAGAAUCCUGUACAAUUAUUUUAUUGGGGCUUUUUCCCUUAAUCAUACACAAGGUAUGACUUGAUUGCUUAAUACGUACAAUUUAAGCAUAGUAAAGACAAGUCACUAGUUCUUAGGUUACCUAUUGCAAUUAAUUAUUGAUAAAGGAAACAAACACUUUCAAAUAUUCUGCAAAUCUGUGUCUUUUCCCUCUGUUGUUAUCAACUGCAUACUUUUCAUAAGAGACCAAUGAAAGGGUAUUUACUGGUGCUAGGGAAAAACAAAAAGAAGUGGCUGACUUUUUAUCUUACGCCUUGGUUAUCUCAUUGUGAUUCUGAUGAGCUAGGUAAGUCUCAAAGAGUAAGUUUAUAGGUCACUUCAUAGAGUCACUGCCCUGGCAUUCUUGGCCUCCUAAUGAGCUGUUAAACUGGAGAAGUAGUAAUUAAAUAUGGUACUCUGGUACAAUGUACACGGUACUGACUCCAGCUCUCUGAUUUUAGGUUCCUCAGAAGACGAUGAGGUCAUUCAAGAAGGUCUCCUCAUGCUCAGGGGCGAGUAAAGGUGGAGACGAGCCCGGGAAGUUGCCGGAGCAGGAAGAAGAGGAGGAAUCCCAGGUUUUGCACGGAACCGGCCAUUGCAAAUGGUUCAAUGUGAGAAUGGGAUUCGGGUUCAUCUCCAUGAGCAACCGAGAGGGAAGCCCCUUGGAGUCUCCAGUUGAUGUCUUUGUACACCAAAGCAAGCUUUACAUGGAAGGAUUUAGAAGCCUAAAAGAAGGAGAACCAGUGGAAUUUACUUUUAAGAAAUCUUCCAAAGGCCUUGAAUCAAUACGGGUAACAGGCCCUGGUGGGAGCCCCUGUUUAGGAAGUGAAAGACGACCCAAAGGGAAGACAGUACAAAAAAGAAAACCAAAGGGAGAUAGAUGCUACAACUGCGGUGGCCUCGACCACCACGCUAAAGAAUGUAGUCUACCUCCGCAGCCAAAGAAGUGCCAUUACUGUCAGAGCAUCAUGCACAUGGUGGCUAACUGCCCCCAUAAAACUGUCUCACAGCAGCCCACUAGUUCUCAGGGAAGACACGAAGCUGAACCGCAGCCUUCCACUUCUGCCUUCCUGAGAGAAGGGGGAGGAAUGCACGGCUACUCGUCUCCAUCAUACUCUCAGGAAGGCAGGUUGGAGGUCUUGGAGCGCUCAGGCAGGUCACCACAGGAAGCUUCGUCAAGUAAGUUGUCUGCAUCGCCUGAAGAACCAAACAGAAAGGGGCCUUCUGUUCAGAAAAGGAAAAAAACUUAAUGCAUUUGUCAUAAUGUUCCAUUUUCUUUACCCUCUUGGGAUGUCUACCUCAUGCAAGUACAGGGGAAAUAAUUACAUUAUCGGUAGCUGACCUGGAAUUUUAACUACUGUUGAGUAACUGUGAAUAUUUUUUUUUUCUUUAAUAGACAAAUCACUCCAAGCAAAAUACAUUUGAGCAGGGUGCAUUAUGUUUUACCGUCUGUAUGUGUGUAUGAGUGUGCAUGUGCGUGUAUGUAUGUGUACAUACCUAUAAAUAUAUAUUUUUCCAUCAGACCAUUCUCCAACUCCCACAAGACAUUACUGUGAAGCAGUAGGCACAGUAUCCACAAACGUUCCUGAACUCAUUCCUAGAACCUGUUUCCAAACAUGUUCAAAAAACAAACAAGAAAACCCAAAAAAUCUCACUCACGAAUAAACUAAACCUGACAAACCACACCCAGAACUGAGACUGAGACUGUUACUUCUCUUGUAAAUGAAAGGAUACUUUCAUAUUUUUAAAGCUGCCAUAUGGUACUAAAGAUACUAAGACAUCCCCCAUGCCAUCAAUUUGAGUUAUUUUCUUUUUAUCUCCACAAAGCAUCAAAACCCCUCCCCAUGCCGGUGCAGGGCAGUGUCAUGACUCAACAUGGCUCUCAUUGCCACCACCGUUGUUGGUGAGGGGUUUAAAGCUCCAGAAGAGACAAUGAAUGUGUAGUUUCUGUGCUGGUUUCUCAACACAUUUUGUUAAAUUAAUAUGGUUGUAACUGUAAUUUAGAUGUCUGUUGUGUAGGGGAGAAUGUAUAAGUUGUUACCAAACAGACCCUUUUGAGUGGUAUCAGGAUACUAUCCUGUUUAGCCCUUUGUAUUCUGUGAACACUUAGGGGACCUUGGUGGCAGUAGUAGCAGCAGCAGCAGCAAUUUCUCUUGAUCCCAAUUAGUACCCCUCAGCUUGAAGGGUCUUCUCCCUUGUUUUUUGCUGAAAUGCCAUGGAGAGAACUCCCUAGGGAUUUUUGUUGUUGUUGUCUGUUUGAGUUUUAAACAAAACAAAAUACAAAGUUAAUGAGAUCCUGGGCUAAAUAGUUUCUUAAGAAGAAAGGUUGAUGGGUACUUAGAUCAGGAUGUUUGGGAUUGCUCGGUCAGCCUUCCUUGCUGAUGAUACAGCAUGUGUGCAGACCAGCCUGAGUGAAGGGACCUGCCCAUUUUUCAGAAGCCCUGGGCAUCAUCUGCUUCUUGUGAACUGGAGGCUGUUGUUGACCAGCCUUUGUCCACAGUGCACUAGGACCACACACUUCUGUGUUAAAGAGGAGAAAGAUUGGUGGCCUUAGAGUGAGACUCCCUGGGCUGCAGGCCUUGCUCGGGGUUAAUAGAAUUGGAACCUAUCAAAACUUCAAGUCGCUUUCCAUUUGUAACUUCUGAAUUACCAAGUCAUACGUAAGAUAACGUACUCUGACAAAUCCCAUUGUGGAUGUAAGUUAAUUAGAGAAACCUGUAUAAUCCUUAACAUUGGCAAUAAACACAGGCUGUUAAAGCUUGAAAGUGUCGGGUAGGUUUAAGCUCGGAUAAUCAAACUAAAGAAACAGCCUGCAUGAAAGGCUACAGUGAGCCAAAGUCCCACCCGUGGUAACUCUUUUGCAGCCGAUAGUUACAACAGGUAUGCAGCUGGCUCGUUACGUGGCCUUCCCCUUCCCACUUGUCCUGCCAGAUGAGACUUUUACUGGUGCUGCUGCUGCUUCAGUAAAGAGGUAGUAAUCAAACGCCUCAGUGAAGGGCACAAUUUCAAGAGAAUUAUUUUGUGUGAAUUCCUUGCCAGUGUUUGUGAGAAUCUUGAGGUUUAUACUGAGUUCUCAGUAUGCUAAUGCAAAGCUUACUUUGACGAUAUUGAAUGGGAUAUAUCUAUAGAGAACUUCCUUGCCUUACGUAAGGAUAGUAACUUAUUUAAAUUAUGUAGACAAAUCAAAGUGGCCAUUGCCAUUAACCUAUCUAGUUGGUGUAAAAACCAGGUUAAACAGCAAAGAUGCAAAACUUAGGUCACUUUGAAAUUCUAAACCAAAGUUCCUUAUAGAAAUAGGCAGUUGUGGAUUUGAAAACUGGUCAUUCCCUGUUUAUAUGUAAGAAGUUCAGAGCUGUGAUAAGGAAAUAUUUUCAACAUGCAGAUUGUUAUUGGUGCUGUUUAAAAUCACUGUGCAACCACAAGUCAGACUGAACUGCUAAGAGCCAUACCAACCCUAUCUUAUUAUUAAAAGCUUGAGGUUUUAUUUUUAUAUAUUAGAAUGUUAUCACUGUUACAUAACAUACUCAGGACAAAGAACUUUGCUCAGGGAAUAUACCAUGUAAUAUUGGUUUUUCUUUACAGAAUAGUCUACAGACCUGCUUACUCAGAACAAACCAAAUAGUCUUGUACUUUUUUUAUCUCUAUAUAAGUAUUAUGUACUGAUAUUAGUAACUACCUCUGAGUUGACAUAGACCUACGUUUCUGAUAAUCAGAUCUCAGCGUUUUGUAUUGUAAGUUCCUGUGAAAUGAUAAAGUGGUAUUCUGUACUGGUUGUUUAUGUGAGCAUCUGUGUCUUUACAUUCACAGGGUCUGAGUUUCAGAUAUGCUGGGCAACCACAGCUCCCACUGACUUUCAGUCGGAGUGCUGGUGCUUAGCUUUUCUAGGAGGGGAGGGAUGUAGGACGGAGGGGGUGGAGGGGGAAGAAUAAAAACACUGAAACAUCAAACCUACUUAUUUACAUAGGUGGACAAUAAAAUUAUUUUUCUGUUUACAGCAAAAGGCUACCUCAUAUUUACUGCAUAAACACACCUUUGUGCUGCUCUAGCCUUAAAGGUGCUGUUGAUCUAUGGUACAUACUUUUUAUCUGUACUAGAUAUGUAACUGUUAGUCACCACUGCAGACAUUAUGGCAAAUACUUGUUUAAGAUGAAGCAUCCAUUUGAAUUAUGAGACGUUUCCAAACAUUUCUUUGAACGGUUUUUAUUUUUCUAUCUAGAGGAUUAUGGGCACUGUUCACAAAAAUAAAUAUAGCUCCAGAAGAGACAACAAAUGUACGUGCGUUAAUUAAAACAUAUAUAGCAGCGUAAGCUGCAGCAGGGAACUACUUAGCACUGGCUGCAGUAGGAAAAAAUCUAGUUUACUCCUUCAAUAGGCUGAUCCAAAUAAGCAAAAAACCUUUUAAAGGAGGAGGAACAGACUAAGUUUAGGAUUCUUCCUUCAUGUCUAAGGACAAAAUUAAUGUUCUGCAGCGUUUGCUCAGGCUAGAUUUCCCCCUAUUCACCAAGCUUGUCCUUGCCAGAAUGCUUCACAUAAAACUCGUUAGAGUAGAAAUAGUUCAAAUAUCUGCUUAGAGAGAUGUGUUUUUCUCCUACAAUAGUGGAGAUAAGGUUAAACCCGGAGCAAGAAUCUCUCUCCCUCCCAUUUCCCCACCCCAGAGUACUCAAUUUAAUUGUGAGAGACACUGUGAGGUAUUUUUUACUCUUCCCCAAGGAAAGGUCAUGAUAUUUAAUUACAUGCUACAAAAGUUAGGCCAUGAGGAAGACUUAUAUUUGGAGAAAGAGCCAAAUACUUUUUGCUGCAAUAAUGGUAAAUCUGGCAUUGUAAUACCAUUUGCAAUAUUUUGCUUUUAGCCAGCUUUCAGGGAGUGCCAAACACCACAUUUGGAUCCUACAGCUUCCCUUUGCAGGCCACCUUUUUCGAGCCAUUUUAUUUCUGUACCAGUGUUAUCCUGGAGUUCCUAUUGGUCAUACUUAGUUUUGUUAAUAGAGCCCCAUAAAAAAAAAAAUGCUUAUAGAUCUUGUAACAUUCUUUGUAAGAAGAAUUAUAAAAGAACAUGGGAAAUCUCAUCGAGUCUUAAAUUUAAUUUAAUUAAUUUAUCUGUAAGAAUGUUUAUCAUAAAAAAUAUAUAUGUAUUCCCCGGUGUUAGAUAUAAAGUAAUUGGGAAGAUAUGUACAUGUGCAGAUGCACUGAUUUAAUUUCUAGAAGUCUUAAUGAGAUUUGAGUAUUGCUUUAGGAACAAGAAGAGCCUUGUUAAUGCAUCGGUCUUAUUUUGCUUAGUAAGUCAACAGCCUCUUCUUUAAGAUCCGGUGGUUGUGUUACCCUGUUACAACUGUAGAGGUUGAUCUAUGAAACACAUGCUUCUUUUUUUCCUGUAUAAACCGGAGCUGUAUAUUAGCAGCUGUGGCAGUGUUUUUCUGAGAAUGUUGAAGAGUAGCAAGGUAUUUGCUACAAUUGUCAUUGAACGAAAUUCAUGAGCAACCAUCUUUACAAAGGAUAAUGGUUUUGACUACCUCUGAAUUACUAGUUAAGCAACAACUGUCUGACAACCUCACCAGACUGGCUUAAACUAUAUGUGUUGCUUGUGGUAAUAAUAAAAAUAACCAUACUAGAGACCAAAGUGAACACGGAUUUGUAUAUGUCUUUAAUACUGUGUCUUAUCUAGUGUUUUUAAAUUUCUUCUGUAGUAUAGAUUACCUCAUUGUCCAUUUUGACUUGAUGUUGUUUACAAGGUGAAAUAAAAGAAGAAUCACUUGAAUUUUGUGUUUUAAGAAAAAGACCGCGAGUUGAAGUUUUGAAGAUCAUUUCACCUGUUUACUGUCUUGAGGGACUAAAGCACUGAUUGCCUUUCUACAUAUCAUGUAUUUUAUAUUCUCAUUUCAUGCCUAAUGUCUUUUUUUUCCUGUCAGUCAUGGAUAUUGUGAGGUUUAAAAGAUUUACUUGAUUAAAAA